AUGUCGAAUAACGCAGAACAGCCCAAGAUUGUCCCUGAAGACGAUGAUGAGCCGGAUGAUUGGGACAAGCGCAUCUAUAGCACAGGGUGCCACACCGAGCAAGACAAGAUGAAUGACUGCUAUUAUGCAAAGAAAGACUGGCGCGCAUGCAGCAAAGAAAUGGAGGCCUUUCGCGAAUGUUGGAAGCGCAAGGGCAAUGACGAGCGAACACAAACCAAGGAUGCAUGA